CUUAUAAAAGACAGCAUUUCUUGCUUCCUUCUCAUCCUCAUCGUUCUUUCAUUCUGCUUGCAUGCCUCUCAUCCAUCCUCCACUCAUUCAUCCUCAUCUCUAUUUAUCAACUCUGUUACCAUCAUGUCCGCCUCCACCCUGAUCCACACUUCUCUUAGACAGGCCUCCAGCAAGGUCCUGCCCAUCCUCACAUUCCCACGGACCACCCAACCCCUCGCCCUUUCACUCCUCACCUCAAGGCGACUCAUCUACUCCAGAGGUAACGUCCUCCUUGCAAGCAAGUCCCUGUCAACAAGAUCAGCACUGAAUCCCCUUCGACAGUACACCACCUCUUCGUUGGUCGUCAGCAAUGAAAAGACCAAUGUUAAUCAGGCACCAGCAAUGGCUGCUGCGGCCGUUCAAGAAGAAAGCAUGAGUGAGAAACAUGAACAGAGAAUCUCCGAGAUCAAGGAUGCAAAGCUGAUCUUUAACCAGGCGUUCAGAAAUGUGCAGGAUGUCUGUGGACGAGAAAACAUGCGGUUCCCCAAGGAGAUCAUCUGGUUGAUGGGCGCACCAGGAUCAGGAAAGGGCACCCACACGCCCGCUAUCCUACGCUCCAGGGGCAUCACCAAUCCUCCGAUCUCCAUGUCCUCUCUUCUCUCGACACCCGAGUGCAAGGAGCUGAUCAACAAGGGGCUUAUGAUCAGUGACGGCAAAGUUGUCGAAAAUCUGCUGCAUGCCCUCCUGGAUUGUGAACCCGAGGUUGGUGUACUUGUGGAUGGGUUCCCGAGAAGCGAAGUUCAAGUCGAGUGCCUGAAGUUGUUUCACGAAAGGAUGCACGAGUUGCGCAGGGAGUACAAACACACACCGCUGAAGGACUUUUUCCCACGACCGACCUUCCGUAUCUGCGUGCUCUAUGUCGAUGAAGAAAUCUCAGUCAGUCGGCAGCUCAUGCGCGGCAGGCUGAUUAAGGAGCACAAUGCCCAAGUCCUCCGUUCUGGCAAGGGCGAGAUCAAGGAAGAGCGUGUCACGGACUACGACGAACUACUCAUCCGGGCAAGAUACGAGAUCUUCAAGGACCACUACUCGUGUUUAUUGAAGCUGAGCAAAAUCUUCCCCUUCCAUCUGAUCAAUGCUGUUGGAAGCAUUGAUAGCGUGAUGCGCAUCAUCCUCAAGGAAUUCGAGUACCAGUCUUCGCUCGAGUUAGAGCACGACACUUAUGAAGCCAUCUCCCAUGUCCCACUGGCGACCAAGAUUGGUAUUCAUGCCCGACAGGAUCUGAUCAGGAGGUUGGAGCAUUAUUGCGAGACCGAGCCCGAGAUCUUCUCAAAAGCCGUUCGGUUUAUCGAUCAGGAGGUAUCGCCCAUGGUCGCUCGGCACGCCAUUAGUGGACAGGCCCUUGUGCGAUCUCAGAACCCGAUUCUCUCGGACCCAAAGGUUGUCGAGGUGGUUAUCAGCAUUCUUUCAGAGCGUGGAUACGCUGUAACCAUGGAUGAGCGCGUUCACGAGACACCGAAGCGUAUCGACCCGGAGACCUGGGAAAUUAUUUUGGAGAGAACGCAUGUUUACGCGCUGAACGUUCGGUUCCCGCAACACCACAUUCAGCCCUUGGAGCAAAAGUUCUAAAGGUGUAAAGAAAUUCUCUUAUGUUUCUUUUUGCAGUCUCUUUUUUUUUUUCUGUUUUUUUCUUUCUUUCAUUCUUUCUAUCCAAUUGCUUCCAGCACUUUUUCUUAUUAGAUACAUUGCCUCUGCAUCCGUUAUGUUCAUGAUGCACCCGCGUAUGAACAUCAACGCUAUUUCUUUUGCUUUCAUGUAACAGCACAGGCUGUUCAAACUCUCUCCUCACUUUUCUUCACCAGCAACGCCAUUUUGCUACGAUAGUCCAUCCAUAUUUAUUCCUCAAUGUAUACUAUCCCUUACUCCGACGACUUCGAUUUUUGAUUCAUAAAGUCGCAAUGGGGGACAAUUGGGAACAGUAGGCCAAUACUGCAAAGAAAAAAAAAAAAAAAAAAA